GUCCCUCGAUCGCAUCCGUACAAAGCGGUAGUGACGUCACGCGUGCACAUUUUUGAAUCGUUCCUGUGAAACUCACGGUGUGAGAACUGAGAAACAUUAAUAGCGUAUAUUUCUGCUGUCUGGAGUGAUACAAGCCUGAAAACAACCAUGAACGUUCAGCCUUCAAACCCUAACAACCCGAUAGUGUUUUUCGACGUGACCAUUGGAGGACAAGAAGUGGGCAGAAUGAAGAUAGAGCUUUUUGCAGACAUUGUUCCAAAGACUGCGGAAAAUGUUCGGCAGUUCUGUACUGGUGAAUUCAAGAAGGACGGUGUUCCUGUAGGCUAUAAAGGCUGCACAUUUCAUCGGGUGAUAAAGGACUUCAUGAUUCAGGGUGGUGAUUUUGUCAAUGGGGAUGGCACUGGUAUCUGCAGUAUCUACAGGGGACCGUUUGCAGAUGAGAACUUCAGAAUGAAACACUCUGGCCCAGGACUCUUGUCAAUGGCAAACAGUGGACCGGGAACAAAUGGCUGUCAGUUUUUUAUCACCUGCACAAAGUGUGACUGGUUGGAUGGGAAGCAUGUGGUGUUUGGAAAAGUGGUGGAUGGUUUACUUGUUAUGAGAAAAAUUGAGAAUGUACCAACAGGACCCAACAACAAGCCCAAGCUGCCCAUUGUCAUUGCCCAGUGUGGAGAAAUGUGAAGUAUUACACAUCAGAAAAGACAUAUGACAUUUGCUUUCAAGAAAACAGACAAGCCAUUCUGGAUUUUGGACUAACUAAUCGUCAUCUCCAUUGCAAAACAUCAUUUUUUGUAUAGGUAAUCUUGUGGAAUUGCCUGAUUAUUUGUGAAAAACUCUUGGCUUAACAAGUUUGUAGUUUUAUAUUGUUCAAAGUAAGUUACACCAAAAUUGAAUGUUAUGUCAUGAUUGGCUUAUCUGACUCUUUUAUCAACAUUUGCAUAUAUGACCAAACUUGAAAUUCAAGACGGAUACAUGUAUUCUUUGUACAUUCUGAAGGACAAGGCUUUUAUUUUUGUCUUUAGGAAUGGCUGGUUGAGGGAUUUCUUAACCUUAAAUAAAUAUUGACCCAUGUUUUUUUUUUUUUUAAGUCACUGUGGGAUGUUCUUUAUUACACUUCAAAUUCAGAGAGAACCGAAAUCAAGAGCCGUUUCCUGAAUCGUCAAGGGCUUUGAGUUUAUGAUACUAAACCAACACCUAAAGGACACGCCACUUAAUGCAAAUUCCUUAUGAUUGUACUCCCUUUGUUGUCUUAUUGCUGCUUACCCUAACCCACAUCCUAACCCAGAAACCCCUUCCCCCAUUUGCUGGACCGUGUCCCACGCACACAAAAGGGCUCUUUCAGCUGAAGUGCAGGAAGAGUUUGGGCUCGGUGGGAGGCUUCUGGGGUCAAUGUUAAAGCCCGUCUUUGUGUGGGACAACAGGGCCAGACCAUUAACAAUAAAAUCACACUUCAACCAGGUCUCCUCGACAGUGCCAAAAACAUAUUUGCAUGACAAAAGGGAAGGGGGUAGUGUGGGUCUGUCUCACAACUAGCCAGGGUCUGUCUCAUGUAUGGUUGUUGAGUGCUUCGUUUAUAAUGCUGUGGGAGAAGUCAGUGAUGGGAUUUGUCCUUCAUGGAUUGAUUCAGGUUAUGAUUCCCUCACUGAUGAAUGAAGCUAUUCAUACCUGCUUCAUUUUUGUCCUUGUCGAUUUGGUGUCUAUUAAAUAUUUUUUUAUAAUGCUUUUAAUAAUUCAAUUUUAUAAAACAUAAUUGCUUACACAAAAUAUUGCCAAAGAAUUAUGACAAGAAAGAAACAAUGUAACAAAUAAC